AAUGAAAACAACACAUACUAGUUAUUUUAAAUGGCAAAUAAUAUAUUCAUGUAUUUAAUGCUUUUAAUUUUCGAAUUUUUAUCAUUAUAGAAAAAAUCUUCUUUUCGAAUAAAUAUAAUAAAAAGAAAUAUGUCAAUUUGGUUUUUGGCUCUGUUAUUUUUUUGUGUUGUAAAUGAAAUUUCCAGCUAUGACUCCGAUGUUUUAAGUGAUGAAAAUAUCUUAAAAAUGAUAAAAUAUGAAUUGUCCCACACAAAUUUAAACGAUAAAAAUGUCCAUGAAAUGAUAAAACAUGAAUUGUCCCAAGCAAAAUUAGACGUUGAAAUGUUCUUCAAAAUGAUAAAAGAAAACAUAUCGUACACAAAUGAAGAUGCUAUAAUUAAUUUAAAUAUUUUAAACGAUGAAAAUAUCUUAAAAAUGAUAAAAAAUGAAAUACCCUACACAAAUUUCAAAAACGAAGAAAAGUUAAAAAAUUUAAACGUUGAACAAGUCUUAGAAAAGAUAAAACAGGAAUGGCCCUUCAUAAUGUUAACAAAAGAAAUAUACUUUACAAACAUUAUAUUGGAAGUACUAAAACGAAAUGAUUUGUUAGUCCGAGAAUUCGGUAGUUUGAAUUUAUUUGUAACAUUUAUGUGUGAAAAUAUGGAUAACACGUUGGAGCAAUUAAAAAUUUACUUUGUUCCACCAAGCGAUGACAUAACUGGUGUAUUAGUUCGAGAAAGAAUAAUUCGCUUAUUUCUUAUUAAAUAUCAUGUAAGUAAUAAUAUACGAAUGAAAGAACCUGAAGAAUGGAUUAAAUAUACCAGUGUAAGACCAACUUUGCUCAAAGAAUAUCAACGCCGGUAUUUUAUAAUGAAAAAAAUUUACAAUAUUUCAAGAAACGAAAUCAUAGGAUUAACAGAUAACACUUUAAUAAAUCGUUACUGGUAUGAUUGGCAAAAAAAUAAUUAAAAUUCUAUUUGUAAUAUUCAAUAGAUAAAUAAAAUGAAUCAAUAAUUAUAUUACUAAAUUUU